CAACUGCCAGCUUAAUUUAGGAGUGUGACUAAUUAAAACGGGCCCCGUAAUGGAAGGCACGCACACGGUGCUGCGUCUGUACAAACCCAUCCAGGAGCUGUGCUUCAUCAGUCUCUACUUCCCAACGAGGAAAUCCCGAGGUUUCUCACGAGCUGGCCAAACCCGGCCUCAGGAUGAAGACGCUAAACAAAGAGGCCAGUAUUACUGCGAGGCGACAAAAGAAGCGGUCGCGCAGCUCAACUGGCUCACCGCAGAACACCAUCAGCUGCUGACGGACCUCCUGUCUUUAUGCAGCGACUGCGCAGAUGGGAUUAAAAUGGGAAACCAGGAUGGAAAGCUCCUGGAAGGAUACGGGGAAGGUGAUGUUAGCACCGCUUUUUCUCUGUCCCCAGAGCAUAAGAGAGCAGCUUCAAGAGUUCGUAAGCUGAAGAUGCUGGGUUCUAAGAAGAUGCACAGCGCUGAAGAGUUCUCGCAGAGUAGGAUAAAGAAGAAGGUGCAAAGUGGAGCAUCUGAGUUUUCUCCGAAAGCACCCAAAACUCCAAUCUCCUUCCGUGGCCGGGAUGCUUCAGGGUCAGGCUCUUAUGUACGCGUCUCCAGCGAGCCUUUUCUUCCAAUGGAAGAACACUUCCAGAUCGCCCACGAUCACGGCUGGGAUUUUAUGGAAGAGCCUCAUUCUUUUGAAUCCGAAAUGGAUCCGUCGGAGUUUGAUAGCCAGCUCACUUUGGAGUACGAGAAACCAGUGGGAAAUGGGAAUAUUGAGGGAAACCAACGAGGUCAAUCAACCUUCGGACGUUUGGAAACCAAUAAAAGAGACGUGAGAAGGGAUGAUGUGGCUGCAAAACAAAACCAUACGGCUUCCAAAGAGAAACUUGUAUCUGGUUCCAGCUUGGAUGUGGAUCACCGCAACCAGCAAGCUGGACAAGAAGAGAUCAAGCUCUUUGAGAAAACCAUUGACGCCAACUCUAGAAGCUUUAAGCUUCAUCCCUGGAGCAGAAGCCCUACAUCAAGCUCUCUCUCUGGGCUCUUCAACGUGUCUUAUCCUCCUGCCAACAGUCUCCAGAGCAUGUCUCCUGUCUUAUCACCUCUGUCUUCGCAACUUCCGAGUCCCCAAAUUAACCACCGGAUUGUGUUGCUGCCUGAGGAAGAUGGAAAUAAACGUUCCUCGAGAGACGAGCCCAAAGUCGACACAGAGGUCAUCGACAAAAAUGGCAACCGUCGGACGGUCACACGGUUAGACCUGAACCUCAGCAAUCAUUUCUAUCUGAAUGGAGCUAGUACAUCGAGUGCCACGACCUCAGUUGAUGUUAGUUCACUGCGAGCUUCACGUCGUCCUUCAUCACACAGACAGCAGAGCAUGAGUUCACUCUGAACACAGAGAGACAGACAGAAACAC